AUGCAGUUCCACGUGAUCUAUCUUCUGGCUGUGUUUCUGGUCUCCGGCUACCUCCAAAACGACGUUAAUGCUUAUGCAGCUAAACAUAAAAAGAACGUUUUAGCAUUAAAGAAAUCUGCUGUAUUGAUUCGGCAUCAUCGCCAGGACAGCAUGACGUCAUCGGCGGGAUUUUCAAAUAUGGUAUCUUUACGAGCUCAUAAAUUAAGCGAUAAAACUGUUAUUAAAAGUAAUAAAUUGAUAAACGAAAAGAUAGUUAUGACAUCAAAGCAUCCAGUGAAAAAAACCUUGUUCCAGCAGACACCUUCCAGAAGUGUUCUGAAUAAAAUAAUGAGACUUCAUGCUAACAAUAAGAAAACGAAUUCUUUGAAAAGAAAACGUGGAAAAUCAAAAAACAAAACGCCAAAUAUUUUUCAUACUCUACAGAACCAAAAAAUAUCUUUCCCACGCCGUGGAAGAAAGCGUGUACCGUUAGGCUCAGUUGUGCAACUUAACCUUAAACAGAAAAUAUCACCUGCUAUUACCAAAAGGGGUAAAUACUUAUCGAACUCAAGUAAAAAGAAAGCAGCAAGAAAGAAUGAAAUGACAUCUAAUAAUUUCCGAAGGUUAUUACCCGGUAUGAAGAUGGGCAGGAUAUCCAAAAUACUACAACUAGGAAUGACUGGGAAAUCGGUAAAAUUUGUUUCAAAUAAAUUUCAAGCUUCGAAACUUAAAGGAAGUAUUACAAACAGGAAGAUAUCUGAAUCAAUUUUGAAAAGACAAUCAUUUGCAAACAGUAAGAAGAAAACCCCGUUGGUGUCAACUCGAGCCAGAACAUCAUAUAAUCCCCGAUUUAAGACUUUUUUACCGUUAGUACGAAGACGACCAAGUACCAACAGUCAGAGAAGAGUGACCCCGGUCUCAAAGUCCACUCAUAGACAGAAGAUGACAGAGGCCCAGUUACUGACGUCUAUAAAGCCCUCCUAUCAAAAUGUACUGAAUCUGAUAGGACCCGGAUGUUCAAUAAACGACUUAGUUCCGGUCAAGGGAAGCACCCUGAUCCGAGAGGAGGACCCCGGGAUGGCUGAAAUUGAGUCGAACUCACAGUUUAACUACAACCCUAACUCCAUGAGGGGUCCUAUUAUGUGGAACUAUUUGUGGAAGGAAUGCCGAGCCCGAGGACAAUCUCCGAUAAACAUAAACACACAGAGUGUUCUCCAUAAAAUGGGCUACACCAUCCAUUAUAACCUAGAGAACAUCAGAACCAGCGGCACGUUUGUCAAUAAUGGCCAUUCCUGUGCGUUCUACCCCGACAAGAAACUACGCGUGCUGUACGGAGUGCCCCACCACGAGAAAGACAUCUACGUCUUUGAUCAGAUCCACUUUCACUUUGGCAAUGACCUUGAGCACGGCUCCGAACACUCCAUGGACGGCAAAUUCUUCCCCAUUGAGUUGCAUAUGGUGCAUUACAACGCAAAAUAUGGAGACGCAAAAAACGCAUCGAAAUACAUGGACGGGACGGUGGCCUUGUCCAUUCUGUUUGAGAUAGGACACAAUGGACCAGGAGAGGUAGACACAUUUAUACAAAACUACGUCCCUAAAGUUCGAAAUCCAAGUCACGAGGGGGUGCAGGCUUUGAUCGACCUGUCCGGAGUGCUACCCUACAACAGGGAGUUCUACACUUACUACGGUACUAAGACCACCCCUCCGUGUGAAUUCAACACCAGGUGGAUCAUCCUGAAGCAACACAGAACCAUCACUAGAAAGUCUCAUCGACUCCUGUUUUUACUGUUAAACAAACACGGGGAGCGGAUCUCCAGGUACGGCAAUUUUAGACCAGUGCAGGACAACAGCUGUCGACUGAUCGAGGCCAACUUCUAGAAUAAAAAGACAAACAUUGUAAAUUCACCGCCCUUAAAAGAAAAGGAAUAAGGACGGAUUUAGAAAAAUAAAAUCAUAUGAUUUUGUGACAGGUUUUACUUAUAAAGUGCCAAACAUAGAUGAAUCUAUAGCACCUAAUAUCAGGGACCCUCAUUUAUUUCAACACUCUGUAUUAGAUACUCUAUGAUAUACAUUAAACAUUGGUGCAACUGUUCAAGAUUUGUUAUGAUUGCUCAUGUUUUUCUUUUCUCAAUUUUUUUUUAUAUAUAGAUGCAACUAAUUACCUGGAACCGUUGAACUCUCUCAGUAUUCGUAGAUUUAAGAAUGCCAAAUCCUUUCUUUAUUUUAUAUUUGUUUUUUACAAAUAAAAUAUUUUCAUUGUUAUGUUCAUUUUCUGUACUUCUGAUGCAUGCAUUGAAAGAUUCGUUUCUAAUGCACUCGAGUUGUCUUUCCUUUCACUAACUCCGAUAUUUAAAAAAUCGCGG